GACACGCGACUCGAGGCAGCGAGACAGACAGCUAUGGCCGAGCAGGACGCCAAUGCCAAGUUUGACCGGUGUGCGGAGAAUGCAAUUGUGAACACAGCCGUGGGCACUGUUGGUGGCCUUGCGGUGGGUGUCACUCUUCUGCGUGGUCAUCGACUGCUGCGCAUGGCUGCCAUUGGUGUGGGCAUUGGUAUGGGCGUGGGCAUGGCCUGGUCAAACUGCUCGUACGACUUUAACAACCCGGGCAUUACCCAUGGUACUGUCAUUCGCAAGGCUGAUGCAAGCUGAUCUGAGCUUGGGCAUAGGCCGAGCUAGGCUGGACUGAGCUGGGCGGGCCUUGGGCUGAGCCGAGCUGGGCCGAGC